UACUCAUAUGAUUUAUUAGCAAAUUCAAAUUGGUCGUUCUUUUGGCGGGAGAGAGAGACGAUGUGCGAAAAAGCGAGAGUGAUAGUGAGAAUGCUACAAGGAUGCAACAGUAUGAAGAAGCUCCGUAAGAUCCAUUCUCAUGUCAUCAUCAAUGGUCUCCAACAUCAUCCUUCCAUCUUCAACCACCUCCUCCGCUUCUGCGCCGUCUCCGUCACUGGUUCUUUAUCUCACGCUCAACUUCUCUUCGACCAUUUCGAUUCCGAUCCAUCAACAUCGGAUUGGAACUACCUUAUUCGUGGCUUCUCCAAUUCUUCUUCUCCUCUAAAUUCGAUUCUCUUCUAUAACCGAAUGCUUCUCUCCUCUGUUUCACGUCCUGAUCUCUUCACUUUCAAUUUCGCUCUCAAAUCAUGUGAGAGGAUUAAAUCGAUUCCGAAAUGUUUGGAGAUUCACGGUUCGGUUAUUCGAUCUGGGUUUCUUGAUGACGCUAUUGUUGCCACUAGUCUCGUUCGUUGUUACUCUGCGAAUGGAAGUGUUGAGAUUGCAUCUAAAGUGUUCGACGAAAUGCCUGUUAGAGACUUGGUUUCUUGGAACGUUAUGAUCUGUUGCUUUUCUCAUGUUGGUUUACAUAAUCAAGCGUUGAGUAUGUACAAGCGAAUGGGAAAUGAAGGUGUGUGUGGUGACUCUUACACGCUCGUUGCUUUGUUAUCUUCUUGUGCUCACGUUAGUGCUUUGAAUAUGGGAGUUAUGCUACACAGGAUAGCCUGUGAUAUUCGAUGUGAGAGUUGUGUCUUUGUGAGUAAUGCUCUUAUUGAUAUGUAUGCAAAAUGUGGUAGCCUUGAAAAUGCUAUUGGUGUGUUUAACGGGAUGCGAAAAAGAGAUGUGUUGACCUGGAACUCAAUGAUUAUUGGGUAUGGAGUUCACGGGCAUGGCGUAGAGGCCAUCUCGUUCUUCAGAAAGAUGGUGGCUUCCGGGGUUAGACCCAAUGCCAUCACAUUCCUUGGAUUGUUGUUAGGUUGUAGUCAUCAAGGUCUAGUUAAAGAAGGAGUUGAGCAUUUUGAAAUCAUGAGUUCACAGUUCCAUUUGACUCCGAACGUCAAACACUAUGGAUGCAUGGUGGAUCUCUAUGGACGAGCAGGUCAGCUAGAAAACUCCCUCGAGAUGAUAUAUGCGUCUUCCUGCCAUGAGGAUCCCGUCUUGUGGAGAACCCUGCUUGGCUCUUGCAAAAUCCACAGGAAUUUGGAAUUAGGAGAAGUAGCCAUGAAGAAAUUGGUGCAGCUUGAGGCUUUCAAUGCAGGGGACUAUGUGCUUAUGACUUCGAUAUAUUCUGCAGCGAAUGAUGCGCAAGCUUUUGCUAGUAUGAGAAAACUAAUAAGAAGCCAUGAUUUACAGACAGUUCCAGGAUGGAGUUGGAUUGAGAUUGGUGAUCAAGUUCACAAAUUUGUCGUUGAUGACAAAAUGCAUCCGGAGUCUGCAGUUAUUUACUCAGAACUCGGGGAAGUAAUCAACCGUGCCAUUCUAGCUGGAUACAAGCCAGAGGACUCAAACAGAACUGCUCCUACUCUCUCUGAUCGGUGUUUAGGAUCUGCAGAUACAUCUCAUAGUGAAAAAUUGGCUAUUGCAUAUGGAUUAAUGCGAACUACUGCAGGAACAACUCUCCGAAUCACAAAGAAUCUGAGAGUUUGCAGAGAUUGUCAUUCGUUUACAAAAUAUGUAUCAAAAGCAUUCAAUCGGGAAAUUAUUGUAAGGGAUAGAGUUCGAUUUCAUCACUUUGCAGAUGGUAUUUGUUCUUGCAACGACUACUGGUGAAAAAAACUGUUCUUGGUCAGCUUAAAAGAAUUUUUACCACAAGAUUCCUUAAAAGGAAAAGUGAGAGAGAGAAGAGAUGAGACAAUCAUUGACACAGAGGUCGUGCUUAUGGUCUGGAACAAGAAUAUAACAGAGACACGAAAAUCAACCAAAGAAAAAGAAGAAUCCAAACCCCAGAAAUAGCAGAGACUUGAGAGCAUUCUUUGGUGCAACACUUGAAGAGAAGAACCGAAGCUGAGUACCAGUGAUAGAGAGCAUUAAAAUUAUUAGCCAGAGGGUCCUAGUUGGGUAGUGAAUAUGUUAUAUUGAACAUUAAAAUGAACUUUUAGCUAGAUUGUGAACAAAAGAGUGUGAUUGGUGUUGUUACAAAGUGUAUAGAUCAUGAAGGGGUAAGAGGGAGAGGAGAGUUGAGGAUAAAAUGUUUAAACAGAGUAAGAGCAGCCUUAGGUUUGUAAAGAGGAACUUCAUGACCAGCUCCUCUCACUGUGGCAAACCUAAAAUUCCCUCUGUAUUCCUCUGUGAAACCUCCCACCUGUCCUUCACUAAACCACGGAAGCCAUUCCGUAACAGCCGUUAGAUUCAUCAUCUUCAGUGCGUACAUUGUAACUGUCACCGAAAUCACCGCAUCCGUGUCUCCACUGAACAUAGUGACCGGCGUAACUCUCACCAGCGAUGUAAAAAUCUCUUCCUUUAUAUUCCGGAAACCUCUCCAGCCAUUUCACCAAGAAAACGUAGUUAUCAGCUGCUGUUUUCAUGUCCCCGGGAUUCUCCAUAUCCGUUGUUGUGUUCGUGUAUGAGAAUCCCGUUCCUGCCGGAGAUUCUAAGAAUAACAUGUUCGCCACUGCCAAUGUGAAUAAGCAGAAACGGGCUUUUAGCUAAAAACCCGUAUAUAGAGAAGCAAAAGAAGUAUUAUCCAAAAAAGAAGAUAAACUAAACAUUCUAUUAGAAGAAGGUUUGUACCGUUGUUCCAUGAAUAAGGAUUGGUAUAGAGUGUUUUGUUGUCGCUAUGUACGCGGAAUGGACCAAGCUCUUGAAAUGCCCCAUACAGAGAGGAGCAGCCCGGUCCUGCAUUUUUAAAACAUACUUAUAUAAUGU